AUGGCUGGUGGUGCUGCAGGAGAGAGGUCUUUGAAGGAAACGCCAACCUGGGCAGUGGCUACUGUCUGUGCUGUGUUUGUUCUAUUGUCUAUUGCAAUUGAACAUGGCAUUCAUUCUCUUGGAAAGUGGUUUCAGAAGAGACAGAAAAAGGCCAUGCUUGAAGCAUUGGAGAAGAUCAAAGCCGAGUUAAUGCUAUUGGGCUUCAUAUCCCUGCUACUUACUGUUGGUACAAAAUUUAUAUCUAAGAUAUGCAUCUCAAAAGACCUUGGAAACACCAUGCUUCCUUGCAAUGUGAAGAAAGCAUAUGGUGGAGAUGGAGGAGGUCAUGACAGGAGAAAGUUACUUUCAGUUGCUGAGAAUGUAAUGUGGCACAGGGUUUUGGCUGCUGCUGGAGGUGGAGAUGAUUAUUGUUCUAAGAAGGACAAAGUACCAUUGAUUUCACAAUCAGGGGUGCACCAACUGCAUAUAUUUAUAUUUGUCCUCGCCGUCUUCCACGUUCUUUAUAGUGUCCUGACCAUUGUAUUGGCUAAAGCCAAGAUGAAGAAAUGGCAGGCUUGGGAAUCAGAAACAUCGUCCGUUGAGUAUCAAUUCACAAAUGAUCCUGCAAGGUUCAGGUUCGCUCAUCAAACUUCCUUUGUGAGGCGUCACUCUGGAAUAUCCGGCAUUCCUGGAAUUAGGUGGAUUGUGGCAUUUUUUAGACAAUUCUUUGGAUCAAUAUCAAAGGUAGAUUAUAUAACGAUGAGACAUGGGUUUAUUAAUGCACAUUUGGCUCCAAAUUCCAAAUUUGACUUCCAUAAGUAUAUUAAAAGAUCUAUGGAAGAUGAUUUUAAGGUGGUCGUCGGUAUUAGCUUUCCAUUAUGGGCUUGUGCCGUAAUCUUUUUGCUGCUAAAUGUCUACAAUUGGUACACACUUAGCUGGAUAAUGUUAGUGCCCCUCGUUAUACUUCUUUCAGUUGGGACAAAGCUUGAACUGAUAAUCAUGGAGAUGGCUCAUGAAAUCCAAGAUCGAAGUACUAUGGUUAGCGGAGCGCCAGUAGUCGAGCCAAACAACAAAUACUUCUGGUUCAGUCGUCCAGAAUGGAUUCUUUUCUUGAUACAGUAUACAUUGUUUGAGAAUGCUUUUCAAAUGGCAUAUUUCUUGUGGACAUGGUAUGAGUUUGGCAUCAAAUCUUGCUUCCAUGAAAAUCCGGGUUUGAUGCUGGGAAGGGUUUUUCUUGGUUUGACACUACAAUUCCUCUGCAGUUACAUCACCUUUCCUCUCUAUGCCUUAGUAACACAGAUGGGAAGUCACAUGAAGCAAGCAAUCUUUGAAGAACAAACAGCAAAGGCUCUCAUGAAAUGGAGGAAAGCCGCCAAGGAGAAGAAGAGGCUGAGAAAUGGAGCCGUAAUAGAUGGUUCUGUUUCUGGCUUCAUGAGUGGAGAAACCACACCUUCCAGGGGUGCUUCACCAGUACAUCUUCUUCACAAUUACAAAUACAAGUCUAAUCAAGCAGAUAUCGAAAGUGUCGGCAAUUCCCCGGUAUCUUAUCAAUCAGAUCCAGAGCUUGAAGGCUCAAGUCAGCAGGGAAAAACAUCAAUCAGACAAGGUCAUCAAGGAAACGGAGAAUUGCAUAAUAUGGAUGAUUUCUCUUUUACAAAGCCUUGAAGAAGAUUGCCUACACUUUGUUGA